AUGGUGGCCCAACUGCUAGGGCUGGCCUUUUUGUUUCUACCUACCAGCGUGGUCACCUCCACGACAUAUGGGGUGAAGAUCAAUGAAAACUGGGAGGUUGUGUACCGGGACACCAGUGUGUAUGGGGUGGUGGGCAAAGCGGUGAUCUUGGAGUGCGGUACCACCUUACCCGACAUGUACAUAUGGAGUUUCACCAAGCCCGGAACUGAAGCUAUAAAAGCUGUGGUGUAUGAUUUGGGGAAAGGACAGAGGAUCCAGAAGUUGGCUGAGACUCUCGGGCGGCUCACUAUCAUCUCAAACAGUGCAGCUGUGAGCAUCGAGCAACUGCCUGUGGCUGCACACGGCCUCUUCACCUGCCAGGCUUUCUAUGACAUAGCACAGGAGCCCAAAGUAUUCUACUACUACGUGCACCUCACUGUCCGAGUUCCCGUCAGUAAGCCAUACCUCCUGAUGAGUGAUGUAUCUCCAGUGGAGGGAUCUACAAUGUGGAUGCGCUGCAAUCUGGAAAAUGGGACUGGACCAAUUCAGUAUGUGUGGCAGCAUGAGACCCGCAGCGGCAACAUCUCAGCCUUUGCACAGGGCAAAAACAGCGUCAUCAACGUGACUGAUGUCACCCGCAACCACACCGGCUGGUACCGCUGUGUGGCCAGCAACGCCGUCAACAGCGAGAGCUCUAACCGGUUAUGGCUGGACACCAUCUUUGGCCCGGACAUCCCUCAGAUAGACGUGACUCCGUACAGUAUAACAGAGCGGGGAUAUUCAGCCCUGGAGAGAGAGACUGUUUCUCUACUGUGUCAAGCCCAGUCCAACCCGGCCAGUCAGUAUGUCUGGUUCUACAACAACUCCCAGAUCUACACCGGGCCGCAGUUAACCAUCACCAAGAUCCUCCGCAUGCACACUGGCGAAUACGCCUGCUUGGCACAGAACACUUACCUUAACACCCGCUCCAGAAAAACCAUCAGCCUGACUGUCUACUACCCACCCGAUGGCUCACCCUCCUGCUCCGUGGAGCCGGCUCUGAAUCACACCUCUCUGAGACUGCUCUGCUCCUGGCCCGGUGGAUUACCCUCCCCCUCCCUCCACUGGACCGGACACCCGAAACGAGUGGGACAAAACGAGGCUGACACAGGGCAGCAAACAAAUCCACUGACCAACACUGCCAUCUUGCUGAUGUCUGAAGUACUGACUUCCAACAACAGCUCUUUUACUUGCAUGGGAUCCCACCUGGCGCUCAAAGAAUCGACAGAGUGCAGCACACGCACAUAUAUACCCCCUGCAGAGCCGAUGUGUUUUGCAUAUGUGACUAACAACAAAAAGUAUCUGAUGCUUUCCUGCUCCUGGGAUGGAGGGGCUCCGAAAGCCUUGGUGUGGUGGGAGGGCCCUGGUGGCAUGGGCGACCAAGGCAAAGGCGGGCAGGAAAACUCAAACAUCUUGAUCCUUCGAUACGGCACUGCCAGCGGCGGGAAACCCUACACCUGCCAAGCUAAGCAUCCACUUCUGGUCCAAACCAAAACCUGCAGGCUCACACUGGAGGCUCCUGUAUUGCUGACAAGGCGCCGAGUUGUGUCUGUAUACGAGGGGAGUGAUGUUCAGCUCACCUGCAACCUGAGAGACAACUACCUUCCCGUCAGUGAAAUCACCUGGUUUAACAAUCAGGGUGUGGGUGUGCAAGACACCUUGAAGUAUGCACUGCUGCGAACAUCUGCAUGGGCAAAUCUGACUGUGAAAGACACGAAAGAGACUCAAGACAGUGGCGAGUACAGGUGCUCCACGUCCAACGCAGUGGGAGGAACUGAAAUCAAUGUCACUUUAGUGGUUAAGAGGCACCCCAUGCCACCCAAUGCGUCCCUGGUCAACGUGAUGUACAACAGCCGACAGCGUACCGAGGUGGAGCUUGAGUGGCAGGUACAGAACGAAGAAGCAGGAGGUUGGACAGGUUUCAUCCUGCAGCACAUAUGGGUGUCAGAGCGACCAGGAAGGAGAGGCAGCAACAAUGAUUCAAAGGAGACGACGGAGGAGAGGAUUGGUCCACCAGUCUGGUACCAGAACAUCAUCCAGGACCCAGAAGCCAGGAGUCAUACAGUAGGGAGACUGACACCGACCGUUACCUACGAGUUCCGCAUCACACCUGUUAACCACCGCACCAUUGGACACUCUUCUGCAGCAAAGACUCCAGCGGAACCACGCUACAAUGUGUACCCUGCUGUGAUUGGAGCAGCUAUUGGCGGGAUGUUCAUUGCAGCCUUCCUCACGGUGCUGCUGCUCGUGUUCAUAAUCCGCAACCGCAACAACAAUCCUCGACUACAUGACAUGCUGUUUGGUUCGCAGCACAGCCAGUCCAGGGAAAACAUCAACUUCCCAGAGGAUGAAGUGGUACGCGGGUCGGAGGGAGAAAUAGAGGAGAUUGGUGGAUCAUCAAAUCUAGGUCCAACCAUGCCUUUACCGCGGGCAGCUUCACCCCUAGCCACCAGCCAAGCCCCUCCCCCUGGAGACGACAAUGAGCCUGUCAGCGUCACCAUCACAGUCAAGGCUACAGGCUCAUAA